UAUCUGGGUUAUUUUCUGGAAGGCGAAAAAAUAUGAAAAAAAAGGUCUUAGGAUCUGACAAGUCAAAUGGUAUAGCCUAGACCAUAUAGAAUUAUAACAAAACAUAGACGUUUCCAUUGUGUGAAUUGUUUUUUAAAGAAGUCAUUUAGCUUUGUUAACAUACGUAUAGCAGAGUAUGAUGAUACUUUCAGCGACGUUAAGGGGUAGGUCUCCUAUAAUAGUGUCUAGAACGAGUGUUUCUAUCAUAAGGUCGGCAUUAACUAGGCCAUCAACUACAUCUACUACAUCCAGAUUCAUAUAUCAUAAUAUUCCAUCAAGCUACGGUGUGAGGUCAUUUUCAAGUAUAAAUAAUCGAUUAAACUUCAAGCAAUCGUUGCAGAACUUGAAAGGAAAGAAUGAAGAUGAUGAUAAACCAAAAAAGUCCAAGAAAGAUGUUGAAGGUGAAGAAGCAGCCCUUCGUGAAGAAAUAAGAGAGCGUCUUAAGAAACAAAAUAAAGAUAUCGAUCCUAAUAAUAUCAAGAUUUAUAAGUUUGAUGCAAAGACAUUAGGUAAAUAUUUUGUGGGAUUUACUUUAUUUCCUAUUUUAAUGUUGUUUUUCAUGUUAAAUAAUGGUGAUAAUAAUCAUGAAAAUGAUUUAUCAUUCCAAGAUUUUAAAACCAAUUAUUUGGAAAAGGGUUUAGUAAAGAAAUUAAGUGUCAUUAAUAAAUUUGUAGUGGAAGCUCAAUUAAUUCAUGGAGCUGUCUCUGACCAAACUUUUAAUGUUCAAGGUAAUCCAACUGUGGCCUUCACUAUUGGAUCUAUUGAAUUUUUUGAAGAUGAAAUGAAAGCUAUUCAAGAUAAACUCGGUAUACCAAUCAAUGAAAGAAUCCCAAUAAGUUAUGAAGAAAGAGGUUCAUGGAUUAAUUAUAUCUUACCAAUCUUACCUACUGUGUUAUUAAUUGGUGGUUUAUAUUACUUAACUAUGAGAAGAGCUUCUCAAAUGCCGGGUGGUGCCGGAGGUGCUGGAGGUCCAGGUGGUAUCUUCAAAAUAGGGAAAUCAAAAGCCAAAUUAUUUAAUCAAGAAAAUGAAGUUAAAAUAAAAUUCAAAGAUGUUGCAGGUUGUGAUGAAUCAAAAGAAGAAAUUAUGGAAUUUGUUAAAUUUUUACAAGAUCCUCAAAAAUAUGAAAAAUUAGGUGCUAAAAUCCCUAGAGGUGCUAUUCUUUCUGGUCCGCCAGGUACUGGUAAAACACUUUUAGCCAAAGCUACUGCUGGUGAAGCUGGUGUUCCAUUCUUAUCUGUUUCUGGUUCAGAAUUCGUUGAAAUGUUCGUCGGGGUAGGUGCUUCUCGUGUUCGUGAUUUAUUUAAAACUGCUCGUGAAAUGGCUCCUUCUAUCAUCUUCGUCGAUGAAAUCGAUGCUAUUGGUAAAGAAAGAGGUAAUGGUAAGAUGGGUGGUAAUGAUGAACGUGAAAACACUUUGAAUCAAUUAUUAGUUGAAAUGGAUGGUUUUGAUAGUUCUGAUCAUGUGGUUGUCUUAGCUGGUACCAAUCGUCCGGAUAUCUUAGAUAAAGCUUUAUUAAGACCAGGUAGAUUUGAUAGACAUAUUUCUAUUGAUAUACCAGAUAUUGAAGGUCGUAUUCAAAUUUUCAAGGUUCAUUUAUCAAAAUUAACUUUAAAGAUUGAUAAAGAUAUUAAAUCAAAUGAAAAGGAUAUUGAUUUCAGUAAAUAUCAAGAAUUGAAAGCUGCUGCUAUUGAAGAAUUAGCCGGAAGAUUGGCCGCUUUAACUCCAGGUUUUGCUGGUGCAGAUAUUGCCAAUUGUUGUAAUGAAGGUGCAUUAGUUGCUGCCAGAGAAGAUGCUCAUUCUGUUGAAAUGUAUCAUUUCGAACAAGCUAUUGAAAGAGUAGUUGCUGGAUUGGAAAAGAAAUCAAAAGUGUUAAGUCCUGAAGAAAAGAAAACUGUUGCCUUCCAUGAAGCUGGACAUGCUAUUUGUGGAUGGUUUUUAGAAUUCGCUGAUCCAUUGGUUAAAGUAUCUAUCAUUCCAAGAGGUCAAGGUGCUUUAGGUUAUGCUCAAUAUUUACCUAAAGAUCAGUAUUUAGUUUCUAAGGAACAAUUCAAUCAUAGAAUUAUAAUGGCUUUAGGCGGUAGAGUAAGUGAAGAAUUACAUUUCGAUACAGUUACCAGUGGUGCAUCUGAUGAUUUUAAGAAAGUUACUCAAAUGUCUCAACAAAUGGUUUUAAGAUUAGGAAUGUCUGAUAAAUUAGGACAAAUUUGUUAUGAUAAUGGUGAUAGUGAUGGAUCAUUUAAAGUUCAUAAUACUUAUUCUGAAACUACCUCAAGAUUAAUUGAUACUGAAGUUAAGAGGUUCAUUGAUGAAGCUUAUACCGCAUGUCAUACAUUAUUAAGUGAAAAAAUUGACUUAGUUGAUAAGGUUGCUGAAGAAUUAUUCAAGAAAGAAGUUCUUACCAGAGAAGAUAUGAUUAGAUUGGUUGGACCAAGACCUUUCCCAGAAAGAAAUGAUGCCUUUGAUAAAUAUAUUAAAGGUUACGAUGCCUUUAGAGGUAAACCAAAAGCUAAAGAUGAAGGUGAAGCUCCUAAAGAUGCUGAACCAACUUCUUAAGCCAUUGUAAAUAAUAAACGAUUAAGAAAGACGAAAUUAUUAAAAAAAAAUUGAAAAUAAAUUAA